UUUUUUUUGGUUUGUUUCAGACACAAAAACAAAGUUCUGCAAAUGAAGAGAAAACAGGUGGUAGAAAGAAAAGUAAAAGAGAAGAAAACUACAAUAUUUCAGAUGUUAUGUCCAAGGAGGAAAUUUUGUCUGUAUCAAAGAAGAGCAAGCUAGAACAUGAGGAUGAAAGCUACUCCAGCAAAUUAACAAGUGAAGAAAUUGAAAAAAAUGGAGAUUCCAACAGCACUAUAAAAGACAGACUGUCACAGACUAUGCUUUGGGAGAAUGGUAUCAAUGGCAUAUUGGCUGAUGAAAUGGGCCUAGGAAAAACAGUCCAGUGCAUUGCUACUAUAUCCAUGAUGGUUGAAAGAGGCGUUCCAGGGCCAUUCUUUGUUUGUGGACCUUUGUCUACCCUCCCUAACUGGAUGUCUGAAUUUAAACGGUUUUCUCCAGAGAUUCCUGUUCUUUUGUAUCAUGGAAAUGCCCAGGAGAGGCGUCAGCUGGCAAGGAAAAUUAAUAAACGUGAAGGAUCUCUGCAGAUUUUUCCAGUCGUAAUAACGUCAUUUGAGAUAGCCAUGAGGGAUCGUCAGGUUCUGCAGGUAAUUUGUGGUAGUGUUUGGGUCUGUGGAUUUUGUAUGGGCUUAUAAACGUACAUAACAUGAACCUGUUUG